GAACACACACUUGUUUAAUAAUAAAAUUAUAUUUAUUAAAAUAUAAAUUUAUUUAUUGUGCAUAUUCUUUUAUAUCGUUUAAUUAAAUAUUUGUUGAAAGAAUGUGGAAUUUAAUAUUUAAUUUAGUUUUCCUGCUUGUCUUUGUUAAUGGCGAUACAUUGAACUUAUCUGAAGAAUGUAUGGAAUACCAACAACAGUUGUGUUCCUGUGGUAAACAUAGUGCUGAUACCUCUGCUGAUGGAGCUGAAAUAUCUGGAGCUCAUGCUGAACGGAAUCCAUUCAGUCAUGUGGUCCAUCUUGGAUAUGGUGAGAACAUCACAUCAGCGCAAUGGCUGUGUGAAGGUAGUCUGAUCAGCCGCCGGUUUGUCAUCACGGCGGGGCACUGCGCCGGAGGGCCGCGUACAGGCCAAGUAAAAUAUGCAGCUUUCGGAGUGAUACGCUCAGAUCUCAAGAAUGAAGAGUUGAUAUACAAUGUGAAGAGGAUCAUGAGACACCCUGACUUCAGGCCACCGAGGCAAAGGAACGACAUUGCUUUAUUGGAAAUUGAUCGCAAUAUUGUCUUUUCACCGAGAAUCCAGCCAGCCUGCUUAAACGUGGACAUUGAAGUGGAAACUGAUGAAGGCUCGACCACUUCUUGGAUGCUGGGGAACAUGGAAGACUCAGCAGACACUCUUCAAGAGGUGAAGCUGUACAAGUUUUCUAACCAAGAGUGUAACCGUCAGUAUUCAAGCAAAAAUGCGCGGAUUUUCAAAAUUGAUGACGUAACUCAAACAUGCUAUGGAUACAGAACAACCCCUUCUGAAUCUUGUAAGGGUGACAGCGGUGGUCCUCUGGUAAUUCGCAACAAAUUCCAAUGCCUCCACUCCAUCAUUGGACUGACGUCAAUAGGAUCAGUCUGCAGUGGAACUGAGAAACCUGGAGUGUAUACCAAGGUAUACCCAUACCUGUCUUGGAUAGAAGAUAUUGUUUGGCCAACUAUGUUAAAGUAAAAAUCCGAUUUUGAAUGAAAUAAAAAUAAUCUUUAUUCAAAUA